CCUAGAUGAGUCUAAUUGCAGAUCAUUCAUCAUCAAUUGAUUAAAACUGGGUCAACGAUUUAAGAGAGAUCUAGAGAGAAGACAUCAUCCCUAAUCGGAUUUUGAUUUUGAUUUGAAGACGACAACCAAAGAUGGUUUGUUUGGUUUGCCUUGUGCCCCUUUUCCUCAUCCCGAUCGUGAACAUACUCCCCCUGCUAUUCGAUUACUUGUUGGCUAAAGUGUAUGGAAUUUUCGGUUGGGAAUAUCGAAAACCGAAUAGGGUACCAGCAGCAUGCCCAUAUAAGCCAGCAGCAGCAGCAAACAAGGUUGAAGCAGAAUCUGAUCAGAAAGGCCUAGAAACUAAUACAGAUGUUCUUGAACCUUUAAUUCAGAAAGUCGCAGAAUCUGAUAAGGAUGCUUGAAGAAGAACAUUGGAUUGAAUUGGAUUGUUCAAACAAUAUGGAUCUUCUGUAAUGGCAAUAAAGUAAAUCGACAACUAUUAUCUGUUUGUGAGACUUCUGAAAUAGUAUAGUUAUAAGAACUGUAAUACUUUGAUUAUGUCUUGUUUAAAUUUUAUCAAGUUACUUAAUACAUCAUCUGUUUUU